AUGGUGGCGAGUUCUUCUGCGAGGAAGCUAAAGUCGAUGACAACUGAAGCGAGUUCCCUUUCUUCAUCUUCUAAUCCAGUGAAAGAUUUGUCUAAACAACGCCUACUUACUCGGACGCAGCAAACUCUCCCGAUGGCUACGGCUAACGCCACCGUCUAUGACAAUGCCGAGUCUCCUGAUAAUUAUCUGACUAUGCCUAAUUACGCAACCAUUUCCGGCACAGCCAUGUCUCCCACUCUUGAUCUCUUGUUGGUUCCACUUCCACCUCUAAACUUACCUCUAACAACCACUCCGGAAUUAAUCAACUUGAUUGAAUCCGUCCUUAAACAAGACCAUCCACGUCCUCAUCAACAAAAAUUGCCAGAUUUCACAGAGAACAGAAAUACAACUAUUCUUGAAACCCCUAAGAAUCUGGAAAAAACAAAGGCUAUGAAUUUCCCAAUCUCCAAGAUCACAAUUGGCCAAUGGACCAGCACGGCGGUGUACUCGGAUGAUCUUAAGGCAAAAUUCUAUUUUGCAAAGAAGAAGCUUAUGUGGGAGAUUCUUGACAAUCUAGAAACAGGAACACAAAUGGCGAGGCUGAAGAGAAAGAUCGAGAUCCAAUGGGCUGAUGUCUUAUCUUUUAAAGGAACUUUUCAUCCACAUGAUAAAACCGGAACCCUCCAAAUCGAGUUGGGCAAACGUCCAAUGUUCUUCAAGGAGAUUAAUCCACAGGCAGGAAAACACACUCAAUGGAAACAGAUGGAUCGAGAUUUCACUGUAGAUCAGUCUGCUUCUAAAUGCAGGAGACAUACACUUCACUUUUCUCCUGGAGUUCUGCAAAAGAACUUGGAUAACCUUGUGUCCAGCGAUAGCUUUUGGUCGAAACUUGUCAAAGUCACUUUCCCAACUCUACCACAUUCUCUUUACUUCGACAUUGGCUAUGGAAACAACAACAAAAAGAAUAGCUACAACUCGUCUCGCUACGGCCGAUGCCAGACACUUAGCUUCAACGUCCACAAAGACAUUCAUCAUCACCAUCCUCAAGGAUUUGGUUAUUUGCCAGUGCGAGAAGUAAACUUUAACGUGGCAACUCAGUUCUGCGCUAAUGAUAAGAAGCAUAUAAACUCAUUUGUUCAAGACAACCGUAAAAAAAAAACUAUGAUUCAGUUACCUGAGAUGCAAGUUAUCCAACCAUCCUCUCAGAUAAUCAACAGGGGAAGGUAUUUUGACGAGUCGCAGUUUAAUAGUCAAAUAACCCAAAAUGAGCGCCAAAUGAGAAAUACAUGGGAGUUACGCGAAAGUCAAGCAUUACUUGAGACACAAUGUAACUCGAUGAUAUUUGAACACAUGAACGAAAUAUCAAUAUAUCAGGUUGGACCGUAUCUACAAGGCUACAUAGCUCAAGAAGGAGAGACACAGAACAUGGAAUAUACACAUUUCGAUGGUAACUUUCAGUCCAGCGGCAUAUGUUCUUAUGAUCAAUACUUCAACAAUGGUUCAGUGCCUCGGGAUUUGUAA